AUGGGUCGCGAAAGACAGAAAAAGAAGAACAGGUCUUCCAUUCCGAAAGCCAGGCCGAAAGACAACAGGACAAAGGCUGGCAAGAAGAGAAUCAAUUUUCUCGGCAACGAGACAAUUGCGAAGAAUUGGGAUCGAAAGCUUACGCUAUCGCAAAACUAUAAGCGACUAGGGCUGUCCUCCAGAUUGAAUGCUGCGACAGGCGGGACAGAAAAGAAGGCGAGCAAGGACAAAACAGACACACAAUGCAUUAAGAGGGAUCCCUUUGCCAUUCCCGGGCCACAAGCUGCCAACUUAACACCCCAAGAAGUCCAAGUCGAACGAGACCCGGAAACAGGUCGUAUCGUCAGGGUCAUCAGACCAGAGAACGGCGGGGCGAAUGACAAUCCACUGAAUGACCCCCUGAACGACAUUAUGGAUGUUGAAAGGGAACAGCCGACGAGGCAGCCAGCAAAUGGCAUCGUGGCAGAGCUAGAAGCGCAGGUUGCAGAAGAGGAAGAACUGUUGGCAAAGAAGAAACGACCACGACAGCAGAGCCAGCGGGAAGAAGAAUGGAUCGCCAAAUUGGUGGAAAAACAUGGCGACGACAUUAAAGCCAUGGUAAGAGACCGGAAACUCAAUCCAAUGCAACAAACAGAAGGCGAUAUUGCUCGGAGGGUGAAGAAGUGGAAGGGCAAAUACGGCGAAAUCACGACAUGA